AUGUCCUGUAAUCAACAAAAAGAAUGUUGUAAGAAAGAAUGUCAAGAGAAAGAAUGUUGUAAAGAGUAUUGUAAGAAAGAAUGUUGUUGUCCAAGAAUUAAAGCAUUUAAGAAAUUUAUGAACACAUUUGAAAAAGCACAAAUUGGAAAAGAAGCACCAGAAUUUAAAGCACAAGCAUAUUGUCCAUGUGGUUCAAUCAAAGAAAUUGAUAUUAAUGAAUAUAAAGGGAAAUAUGUUGUGUUAUUAUUUUAUCCAUUGGAUUGGACAUUUGUUUGUCCAACAGAAAUGAUUGGAUAUAGUGAAGUUGCAGGACAAUUGAAAGAAAUCAAUUGUGAAGUUAUUGGAGUGAGUGUUGAUUCAGUUUAUGUCAUCAAGC